AUACUUGAUCAAUCAAUAAUUGUGAUCAAUUCAUUAGUCAAUAUUUUAUAUACAAUCUCGUCCGAACACUCGCCCAUGCCAUUCCCUUCUUUCCAGCGUGGUUUUCCAAACUUGUUUGCGCACGCCCAGUGCACAGACCACCCAGUGGCUUGAGAAUUUUGAAAGCCAUUUCGUCCGGCAGCAGCGAAUAACAGCACAGACGCCGGCUGAGACAACAAAAAGCAAGAGAAGGGCACCAUGGAGCUGAAUGAUGGAAACCUUCAGACACUCACAGAAUUUAUGCGCAAAACUCUGGACCCGGAUCCAUCCGUCAGACGUCCAGCUGAAAAGUUUCUUGAGUCAGUUGAAGGGAACCAGAACUACCCGAUAUUGCUGCUUACAUUAUUGGAGAAAUCUCAAGACAACGUGAUCCGGGUGUGUGCAGCUGUCACCUUCAAAAACUACAUCAAGAGAAACUGGCGCAUAAUUGAAGAUGAACCAAACAAAAUCUCAGAUCCCGACCGAACCACUAUCAAGGCCAACAUUGUACAUUUGAUGUUGAGCAGCCCUGAACAGAUUCAGAAACAGUUGAGUGAUGCCAUCAGCAUCAUCGGCAGAGAGGACUUCCCUAUGAAGUGGCCGGACCUCUUGACAGAGAUGGUGACCCGCUUCCAGAGCGGAGACUUCCACAUCAUUAACGGAGUGCUCCGGACCGCACACUCACUUUUCAAGAGGUAUCGACACGAGUUUAAGUCGAAUGAGCUGUGGCUGGAGAUUAAACUGGUGUUAGACACGUUUGCGAGUCCACUGACUGAACUCUUCAAGGCCACCAUUGAGCUGUGUCAGACCCAUGCGACGGACAUCAACGCUUUGAAGAUCCUCUUCUCGUCCCUUACUCUGAUUUCAAAGCUCUUCUACAGUCUCAACUUCCAGGACCUUCCUGAGUUUUUUGAGGACAACAUGGAGACCUGGAUGUCUAAUUUCCAUAACUUGUUGACCUUGGAUAACAAGCUACUACAAACAGAUGAUGAAGAGGAGGCAGGUCUUCUGGAGCUGCUCAAAUCUCAGAUCUGUGACAACACUGCUCUUUACGCCCAGAAGUACGAUGAAGAGUUCCAGCCUUACCUGCCUCGCUUUGUCACUGCUAUCUGGAACCUGCUGGUCUCCGCUGGCCAGGAGGUCAAGUAUGAUCUGCUUGUGAGCAAUGCUAUUCAGUUCCUGGCAUCUGUGUGUGAAAGGCCCCACUACAAGCAUCUUUUUGAGGACCAGAACACACUCACCAGCAUCUGUGAGAAGGUCAUUGUGCCUAACAUGGAGUUCAGAAGUGCUGAUGAGGAGGCUUUUGAGGAUAACUCUGAAGAAUACAUCCGAAGAGAUCUUGAAGGAUCAGACAUAGACACUCGGCGCAGGGCUGCUUGUGACUUAGUGAGAGGCCUGUGUAAGUUCUUUGAGGGCCCGGUUACAGCCAUCUUCUCUGGCUAUGUGAACUCCAUGCUGGGGGAGUAUGCCAAGAACCCAGUGGUGAACUGGAAGCACAAAGACGCUGCCAUCUACCUGGUCACAUCUCUGGCCUCUAAAGCCCAGACAGCGAAACAUGGUAUCACGCAGGCUAACGAGUUGGUGAACCUCACAGAAUUCUUUGUGAACCACAUUCUCACAGACCUCAAUUCCCAAAACGUCAAUGAGUUUCCAGUGUUGAAGGCUGAUGCCAUCAAAUACGUCAUGAUCUUCAGGAGUCAGUUGCCCAAAGAGCAGCUGCUGCAGGCUGUCCCUCUGCUUGUGGCCCACCUGCAGGCGGAGAGCACAGUGGAACACACCUACGCUGCCCACGCCCUGGAGAGACUCUUUACCAUGAGGGGCCCCAACAACUCCACACUUAUCACUCCUACAGAGAUGGCCCCCUUCACGGAACAGCUGCUCAACAACCUGUUCAAAGCCCUGGCUCUGCCUGGCUCAUCAGAGAACGAAUAUAUCAUGAAAGCCAUCAUGCGCAGCUUUUCCCUCCUGCAGGAGACCAUUGUUCCUUACAUCCCUACACUGAUUGGCCAGCUCACUCACAAGCUCCUCCUCGUUAGCAAGAACCCCAGCAAGCCUCACUUUAACCACUACCUGUUUGAAUCCCUGUGCCUGUCUAUCCGGAUCACCUGCAAGGCCAACCCUACCACGGUGGGCAGCUUUGAGGAGGCCCUCUUCCCAGUCUUUACUGAGAUCCUACAGAAUGACGUACAAGAGUUUGUGCCCUACGUGUUCCAGGUGAUGUCUCUGCUUCUGGAGAUCCACACCAGCUCCAUCCCCAACUCCUACAUGGCCCUGUUCCCCCACCUGCUGCAGCCCGUGCUUUGGGAACGCACUGGCAACAUCCCCCCUCUGGUGCGCCUGCUUCAGGCCUACCUGGAGAAGGGGGCUGCCACCAUAGCCAGCUCUGCUGCUGACAAAAUACCUGGUCUGCUAGGAGUCUUCCAGAAGCUCAUAGCCUCCAAGGCCAAUGACCACCAAGGUUUCUACCUGAUGAACAGCAUCAUAGAGCACAUGCCCACGGAGUCCAUUGUUCAGUACAGGAAACAGAUCUUCAUUCUACUCUUCCAGAGACUGCAGAGCUCCAAAACGACCAAGUUCAUCAAGAGUUUCAUGGUUUUUAUCAAUUUGUAUGGUGUCAAGUAUGGAGCCAUUGCUCUGCAGGAGAUUUUUGACAGCAUACAGCCAAAGAUGUUUGGCAUGGUGCUGGAGAAGAUAGUCAUUCCAGAGGUGCAGAAGGUGUCUGGACCAGUGGAGAAGAAGAUCUGUGCCGUGGGCAUCACCAAGAUCCUCACUGAGUGCCCGGCAAUGAUGGACACCGAGUACACCAAACUCUGGACCCCCCUGCUCCAGGCCCUGAUUGGUCUGUUUGAGCUGCCAGAGGAUGACAGCAUCCCUGACGAUGAGCACUUCAUUGACAUUGAGGACACGGCCGGUUACCAGACGGCUUUCUCCCAGCUGGCCUUUGCUGGGAAGAAGGAGCACGACCCCAUCGGCGACGCUGUCAGCAACCCCAAGAUUCUGCUAGCUCAGUCCCUCCACAAGCUCUCCACUGCCUGUCCUGGACGGGUCCUCUCUAUGUUGAGCACCAGCCUGAAUGCUGAGGCCCUCCAGUACCUGCAGGGUUAUCUCCAGGCUGCAUCUGUACAGCUGGUGUGAAGACCCUACAGCUUCCACUCUGACGCGUAAUGGAGACCAUGACACUGCACAAUGACUGGGCACUGUCUGUCGGCCAUGGGCAACACCAGGACUGCGACAGACUCGCCAGGACUGAGUGGACAGAAGACUGACUGAUCGACUUUACUCAUGGUGGAUACUUGGACAAUGGGUCAACAUUUUCAUCUAUGAAUUGGGAUUUUUAUGUUUUUUUUAAGUGUUAAAAGAAAAUACAUUUAAUAUGUUACCUUUAAAGAGCGCACCAGAAUAUUUUUGGGGGGCUCAGUCCCUAAUUGGCUUCAAGUUGAGCAAGGCUGGCGUCACCAACGCUCAGCUUUGUGAAUAUAAUGCUUUGAUAUGACUUUCUGCUUAUUUGUCAUUUAUAACAACGACCGGUCAUUGUGAAUUGACAGUAUUCUAGAACAAGUAUUGGCCCCAAAACAUUAUGCUUCAAGGGAUACUUAGAUUUGGCAAUGAUUUGCUCUAUUUCCCCGGAGUUUGAUUUAACUAGUGGAUACCAUUUUUAGGUCUUUGGUCGGUAUGAAGGAAUUCAGAGGUAGUUUUGCGAACCAAUGCUAACUAACCUUAGAUACCUGUAGACUUACUCUGGGGAAGUAGAGCAAGGGCCUCAUUUACAAAAUCCUGAGGUAUCCCUUUAAUAUUUUUCUGCAUGUAGCUAGUCAUAGCAUUGUCUUUUUUGAUGUGAAUAAAGAGGCACUUGUAUAAAA